AUGCACACCGUUUUUCGAAUUGAUGAAGUUCGAAAACUGGACAAGAAAAGUCCACUUUAUCAAGUGGACCUCAAACUUACGUCUGAUGAUGAUCAACAACUUCGCCAAUUAACCGACCGUAUACGAGAAGAAUCUUCAGGUAGCACUGGAUGGUAUCGAAUGGGUCAAUUGCUGCUCAAAAUUGGUCAAUUUGACAAGGCCGAAGAAUUGUACAUGGCACUACUAGAACAAGCAUCUGAUGACAGCGAUAGAGCACAUAUCUAUCAUAUGCGUGGAAUGAUGAAAAAUAACAAAGGGCAAUAUACAGAAGCAGCUUCAUUUUAUGAAAUGUCUCUUAAAAUUAAACAAAAAACUCUUCCAGAAGAUCAUCCUUCAUUAGCUCCUACAUAUAGCAACAUCGGUUUGGUGUAUAACAACAUGGGUGACUACUCGAAAGCACUUGAAUUUUACGAAAAAUCACAUAACAUAAAAGAAAAAGCUCUGCCUUCGAAUCAUCCCGAUUUGGCUACUUCCUACGCUUGCAUCGGUCUAGUGUAUAACAACAUGGGUGACUACUCGAAAGCACUUGAAUUUAACGAAAAAGCACUUAAAAUAAGAGAAAAAGCUCUGCCUCCGAAUCAUCCCUCAUUGGCUACUUCCUACGGCAACAUCGGUGGAGUGUAUCACAACAUGGGUGACUACUCGAAAGCACUUGAAUUUUACGAAAAAGAUCUCGAAAUCACGAAAAAAGCUCUGCCUCCGAAUCAUCCCUCACUGGCUGCUUCUUACAACAACAUUGGUGUAGUGUAUGACAGCAUGGAUGACUACUCAAAAGCACUUGAAUUUUACGAAAAAGCACAUCAAAUCUUCGAAAAAGCUCUGCCUCCGAAUCAUCCCUCAUUGGCUACUUCCUACAACAACAUCGGUUUCGUGUAUGACAACAUGGGUGACUACUCAAAAGCACUUGAAUUUUACGAAAAAUCACUUAAAAUCAGAGAAAAAGCUCUGCCUCCGAAUCAUCCCGAAUUGGCUACUUCCUACAACAACAUCGGUACGGCGUAUUCCGGCAAAGAAGACUACUCAAAAGCACUCUCAUUCUUAGAAAAGGCACUUUCUAUCUUGCAAAAAUCACUUCCACCUAGCCAUCCUUAUAUUAUAAUGGCCACAAACUCAAUUGACAAUGUAAAAAAGAAAAUGUAA